AGAGAAACAAUAAAGUAAACAACACGAACAGCUGAUUAUUCAUGAGUUCUGACUGUUUCCCUCCAGUUUGUGGCUUUGCGCCGCUCAACACCAGGAUCGUAGGAGGGGCGGAUGCUCCUGCAGGGUCGUGGCCCUGGCAGGUCAGUCUGCAGACCAACGGAUUUCAUUUCUGUGGAGGCUCCCUGAUCAACAACCAGUGGGUCCUGACUGCUGCUCACUGUGUCAGAAGCACCCCAUCUGGUUUCACCGUUAACCUCGGCCGCGACGCCCUAGACUUGCCGAAUACAAACGGAAUCUCCCUGACUGUGUCCCAGAUCAUCGUAAAUCCUAACUAUGAUGAAAACACGCUCAACAACGACAUAGCCUUGGUGCAGCUGUCCUCACCUGUUACCUUCACCGACUUCAUCAGACCCGUGUGUUUGGCGGCUGGCGGCAGCGUCUUUAAAGCCGGGACAAGCUGCUGGGUCACCGGAUGGGGAAAUAUCCAAACUAACACUCCUCUUCCUUCCCCAAAGAGGCUGCAGGAGGAGAUUCUUCCCAUCGUGUCCAACAGUGAUUGUAACGUUGUCUACGGUGGUAUAAUCACAAACAACAUGAUCUGUGCCGGUGUGACCCAGGGAGGACAGGGCACCUGCUUUGGGGAUUCAGGCGGCCCGUUGGUGAAAAAUAACGGCUCUGUCUGGAUCCAGGCUGGAGUGGUGAGUUUUGUUUUAGAAACAGGCUGUGCCCUGCCUAAUGUCCCAGAAGGCUUCACCCGAGUGUCCCAGUAUCAGUCCUGGAUCAACAGCCAGAUCAGCACCAACCAGCCGGGCUUCGUCCUCUUUGGAACCGCUCACCUGGUUUCCCUCUCGGUGCCUCUGCUGCUGUCCAUCGUACCUGUUGCCUUCUCCUUCUCUGUCCUUUCAUAGUUUAAUGAUUAUGGCACCAGGAUAGAGUCAAACUCUCUGCCUCUCUUAAAACAAGCAACAAAAUGUUUCCACCCUGUUUCCAGCUUCUUGUAUUGAAGGAGUUUUGCAGAAAAGAGUCGACAGAAGAGAAAAGAGAGAAACUGGUUUAAUGACAAAGGAAUGUUUUCAGUAUUAACAUUAAUUGAUUAAUUGUUUUGUCUUUAAAAUGGGAGAAACUAGAGAAAUGUGUCCUUUUAUAACUUCACACAGCCCAACAGUCUAAAACCCAAAGAUAUUCAGUUCAUCAUCAUAUAAAUCCUCACAUCAGAGAAGCUGGAACAGUUUGUAAAAUUACUAGAAUAAAGUAAGAAAAUAGUUUUCUAUUGAUUAACAAAUCUAUGACCAAUCGUGGCGCUUCCACUAACUGUUCUUUAAACAGGUGAAAUAAUUUUAGCCUUUUUCUCAGGAUUUUCAAUUCAGUGGAAACUUUUUAGU